CGGCGCGUUGGAGCCUGCGCGCUGCGGAGCCGGAGCCGUCUCGCGAGGAAGGACGCCAUUAUCGCAGCCGCCCGACAAACACCACGAGAAUUGGGCCCCGCACACGGAUUGCAUGUCUCGUAAAAUUACUUAUUUGGGGGCCUGCGGUGGUGUGUGACGGGACAUUGCAGCCUGGUUCUGAAUGAUGUCAGAACAGGACUUGGCAGAUGUUGUUCAGAUUGCUGUUGAAGACUUGACUCCAGAUAACCCAGUUGUGUUGGAGAAUCAUGAAGUGACAGACGAUGACGUAGAGCCUACUCUGAAACGUCAGCGUAUAGAAAUUAACUGCCAGGAUCCCUCUAUUAAGUCAUUCCUGUAUUCCAUUAAUCAGACAAUAUGCCUGCGACUGGAUAGCAUUGAGGCGAAGUUGCUGGCACUAGAGGCUACCUGUAAAUCACUGGAAGAGAAGUUGGAUCUUGUCAUGAACAAACAGCACAGCCCCAUCCAAGUCCCCAUGGUGGCAGGUUCUCCUCUUGGCGCUACACAGACCUGCAAUAAAGUACGAUGUGUUGUCCCCCAGACCACAGUAAUACUGAACAACGACCGGCAGAAUUCAAUCGUAGCCAAGAUGGUCGGGCAGGAAGAGCCAUUGAGCAGAGCAACGGAUUCUCUGGACAAUAUCCUUAGCAAUGCUGUUCCUGGACGUAGGCAGAACACAAUAGUGGUGAAAGUCCCAGGGCAUGAUGACAGUCACAAUGAAGACGGAGAGAGUGGCUCUGAGGCCAGUGACUCAGUUUCCAACAGCGGACAAUUAGGAAGCCAAAGUAUCGGGAACAAUGUGACCCUUAUUACACUGAACUCUGAAGAGGAUUACCCCAACGGGACAUGGCUCGGAGAUGAAAACAAUCCUGAGAUGCGGGUCCGUUGCCCCAUCACCCCUGCUGACAUGCUGCACAUCAGCACGAACUGCCGCACAGCCGAGAAGAUGGCACUGACGUUGCUCGAUUAUCUCUUCCAUCGGGAAAUUCAGGCCAUCUCCAACCUUUCGGGCCAGGGGAAGCAUGGGAAGAAGCAGCUUGAUCCUCUCAUGAUUUACGGAAUUCGCUGUCAUCUAUUUUAUAAAUUUGGAAUCACAGAAUCUGACUGGUAUCGAAUCAAGCAAAGCAUAGACUCCAAAUGCCGAACAGCUUGGAGGCGGAAGCAGCGAGGCCAGAGUCUUGCCGUGAAAAGCUUCUCCAGGCGAACACCUUCGUCGUCAUCUUACGGUGGUUCAGAGGGUCCGCAGAGUGCAGUUUCAGCUUCUAACGAGAUCCAACAGAACCAGCCCCAGGCACUACAUUAUGCACUAGCCAAUGCUCAGCAAGUCCAGAUCCACCAAAUAGGAGAAGAUGGACAAGUCCAAGUAAUCCCGCAGGGACAUCUCCACAUAGCCCAGGUUCCUCAAGGCGAGCAAGUCCAGAUCACGCAGGACAGUGAGGGAAACCUACAGAUACAUCAAGUUCAUGUUGGUCAAGACGGGCAGGUGUUGCAGGGCGCUCAGCUGAUAGCGGUUGCAUCUGCGGAGCCUGCGUCAGGAGGUGUCGACGGAUCCCCACUCCAAGGCAGCGAUAUCCAAGUCCAGUAUGUGCAGCUCACACCAGUGACAGACCACUCUGCAACUAGUCAAGGCGCUGAUACCCUUCAAUCAGCAAUCCAACCAGAAAUGCAGAUAGAACACGGAGCAAUCCAAAUUCAAUAAGAAAAUUGCGAAAAGCUGUGUGAACCGAGAUGCCAGUGAACCCCGGUGGGAAGUUAAGUGCUGUAGUCCUCGUGCAGCGGUGGGAAAAUGGAAAUGCCUGGUAGACUACUGGUCGCACCUCGUACAUCUGCAAAUCGCGGGUUUCUGAUGAUCUGUUUGUGCUCACCUGGAAUAAGUCAGACCCAUUUACUGCAAUUGGAGCUACGUCACUGCAGCUGUUGAGAAUGUGCCCUUCAGAAAAAUUACACGGCCUGCUCUUAGGUAUAUUUAAAGAGGAAAAAAUAAUAAUUUUGGGAAGAGAACUAAUUACGAAACACUGAGACUAAAUGUUUCAUCCGGUCCUUUCUUCUGUGAAAUACGCCAUUUGAAUGUCUGCAAAUAUCUUAGGAAGUGUAUUGCUGCUUUGCAAUACUUGCUUUACCACAUAUAGAAGAUCAAGAGCUCAAAUAUUUUUCACUGUUUAAACAGCUUUUUUAUUUGCUAUGGUGUUUAUAACAAAAAUGGAAAAUAUUUAAAAAAAAAAAAAAGAAAGAAAAGAAAAAUCCCAUAACUGCAAGUAUUAGCAAUUUGCUGUUGUUUUCUGUUCAGUGUAAUGAAAAAUGUAUUUGCAGAAGACUAAUAAUUUUGUUUGUACUGUUGCUUAACUACUUUUCUAGGGGAAAAUGCUUUUAAAUGCUGUAAUUAUGCAUUUCUAAUGAAAAAUAAAUGUGUAUUUAUGAAUAGUGCAGCUCUAAGUUGCUCUCUGCUUUAGGAGCGAGUACAGUUUGACCGGACUGUGGUGUAACAGUGUAGUUCUGAAGUAUUUGAAGACAGAUGCUAUCUGGCAAGCCCUGCUGUCAACCGAGAAGUAAGAUUAAGCCUGUAAGGAAGAUAUCAAUCGUAGAUAAUGUUAUUAUCUAAAUUUCCAGUACAAGGAAAAUGUGAUAGUUAAGCUUUUGAGUCUGCAAAUCCUAUUUUGUACAAUGAAUUUAUGAAACCAUUUUUAAAAAAAAUGUGAACAAUUCUUUUGAGCUCUCUCCUUUCUGGUACUUCUUGUCGUCUUUGUCCAGCUAUUUGUGGCAAUACCUCAGUUUGGAAUUCAACCAUAAAAAGCUGGGUUGCAAAACUCGUGAUACCUGUCUUGUUAUCCAACCUGCAACAGCAAGGUGAAAGCCUC